GCGGCUGCGCAGAGGCCGACUUUAGAGGAGGUGGAGCUUCGUUCUUCGCCAGAUGGAAAAGCAGUGAGAUCGGCUAGUGGCAACAGCAGAAGCUGGGCUCAGCCCUGCCAGGACGGUGGGCUUUAGAUUCCUGUCUGACCAAAGUGACUUCAGAAAGGAGGGAAAAUGGCUUCUGAAUCUGAAACCCUGAAUCCCAGUGCUCGGAUAAUGACUUUUUAUCCAACUAUGGAGGAGUUCCGGAACUUCAGUCGAUACAUUGCCUACAUUGAAUCCCAAGGAGCUCAUCGGGCUGGGCUGGCCAAGGUUGUUCCUCCAAAGGAGUGGAGACCUCGAGCAUCCUAUGAUGACAUUGAUGAUUUGGUGAUUCCUGCCCCCAUCCAGCAGCUGGUGACUGGGCAGUCUGGCCUCUUUACUCAGUACAACAUACAGAAGAAAGCCAUGACUGUUCGAGAGUUCCGCAAGAUAGCCAAUAGUGAUAAGUACUGUACCCCACGUUACAGUGAAUUUGAAGAGCUUGAACGGAAAUACUGGAAAAAUCUCACAUUCAAUCCCCCAAUCUAUGGUGCAGAUGUGAAUGGCACUCUCUAUGAAAAGCAUGUUGAUGAGUGGAAUAUCGGUCGGCUGAAAACAAUCCUGGACUUGGUGGAAAAGGAGAGUGGGAUCACCAUUGAGGGUGUGAAUACCCCGUACCUGUACUUUGGCAUGUGGAAGACAUCCUUUGCCUGGCAUACUGAAGACAUGGACCUAUACAGCAUUAAUUACCUGCACUUCGGAGAACCAAAGUCCUGGUACUCCGUCCCCCCAGAGCACGGAAAGCGGUUGGAGCGCCUCGCCAAAGGCUUUUUCCCAGGAAGUGCUCAAAGCUGUGAGGCUUUUCUUCGCCAUAAGAUGACUUUGAUUUCCCCUUUAAUGCUGAAGAAAUACGGAAUUCCUUUUGACAAGGUGACUCAGGAAGCUGGAGAAUUUAUGAUCACUUUCCCUUAUGGUUACCAUGCCGGCUUUAACCAUGGCUUCAACUGUGCGGAGUCGACCAACUUUGCUACCCGGCGGUGGAUUGAGUAUGGUAAACAGGCGGUGCUGUGUUCCUGUAGAAAGGACAUGGUGAAGAUCUCCAUGGAUGUGUUUGUGCGGAAGUUCCAGCCAGAAAGGUACAAACUUUGGAAAGCUGGGAAGGACAGCACAGUUAUCGACCAUACUCUGCCCACGCCAGAAGCCGCCGAGUUUCUUAAGGAGAAUGAACUGCCCCCAAGAGCCACGAACGAGGAGUGCCCAGAGGAGGACAUGGAAGGGGCUGAGGAUGGAGAGGAGGGUGACCUGAAGAGAAGCCUAGCCAAGCACCGUAUAGGGACAAAGAGGCAUCGAGUUUGUCUUGAAAUACCGCAGGAGGUGAGUCAGAGCGAGCUCUUCCCCAAGGAGGAGCUGAAUUCCGGACAGUAUGAUAUGACGGAGUGCCAGGCUGCCCUUGCUCCGGUGAGGCCCACCCAUAGCUCUGUGCGGCAAGUCGAGGAUGGUCUUACCUUCCCAGGUUCCAAAAAGAAGUCAUCAUCUAGCCUGGGCUCCAGUUCGUCACAGGAUUCUAUCUCUUCCGACUCAGAAACCAGUGAGCCUCUGUCCUGCCAAGCCCAGGGGCAAACAGGAGUUCUCACUGUGCACAGCUAUGCCAAAGGCGAUGGCAGGGUCAGCGGGGGAGAGCCAUGCACGAGGAAGAAAGGGAGCGCCACCAGAAGUAUCAGUGAGCGGGAGCUGGCGGAGGUUGCAGAUGAAUACAUGUUUUCCCUGGAGGAGAAUAAGAAAUCCAAGGGCCGGCGUCAGCCCUUGAGCAAGCUCCCCCGCCACCACCCCCUCGUGUUGCAGGAUUGCAUCAGCGAUGAUGAGACAUCUGAACAGCUGACCCCUGAAGAGGAGGCUGAGGAGACAGAAGCCUGGGCCAAGCCCCUGAGCCAACUGUGGCAGAACCGACCCCCGAACUUUGAGGCUGAAAAGGAAUUCAAUGAGACCAUGGCCCAGCAGGCCCCUCACUGCUCUGUCUGUAUGAUCUUUCAGACUUAUCAUCAGGUUGAGUUUGGAGGCCUUGGUCAGAACUGUGGAAAUGCUCCAGAUUUAGCUCCGCAGAAGCAGAGGACUAAGCCAUUGAUUCCAGAAAUGUGCUUCACCUCAACUGGCUGCAGCACGGACAUCAACCUUUCCACCCCUUACCUGGAGGAGGAUGGCACCAGCAUUCUAGUUUCCUGCAAGAAGUGCAGUGUCCGGGUCCAUGCCAGUUGCUAUGGGGUCCCCCCUGCGAAGGCUUCUGAAGACUGGAUGUGUUCUCGGUGUUCCGCCAAUGCCCUGGAGGAGGAUUGCUGUUUAUGCUCAUUACGAGGAGGAGCCCUGCAGAGAGCAAAUGACGACAGGUGGGUCCACGUCUCAUGUGCUGUCGCAAUUCUGGAAGCAAGGUUUGUCAACAUUGCAGAAAGAAGUCCAGUGGAUGUGAGCAAAAUCCCCCUGCCCCGCUUCAAACUGAAAUGUGUCUUCUGUAAGAAGCGGAGGAAAAGAACUGCUGGCUGCUGUGUGCAAUGUUCUCAUGGCCGUUGCCCAACUGCCUUCCACGUGAGCUGUGCCCAGGCUGCAGGAGUGAUGAUGCAGCCAGAUGACUGGCCUUUCGUCGUCUUCAUUACCUGCUUUCGGCACAAGAUUCCUAAUUUGGAGCGUGCCAAGGGGGCCUUGCAGAGCAUCACUGCGGGCCAGAAGGUCAUCAGCAAGCACAAAAAUGGACGCUUCUACCAGUGUGAGGUGGUCAGGCUCACCACCGAAACCUUCUAUGAAGUCAACUUUGAUGAUGGCUCCUUCAGCGACAAUCUCUAUCCUGAGGACAUAGUGAGUCAGGACUGUCUCCAGUUGGGUCCUCCUGCUGAAGGGGAAGUGGUCCAGGUGCGAUGGACAGAUGGCCAAGUCUAUGGAGCCAAGUUCGUGGCCUCCCACCCCAUCCAGAUGUACCAGGUGGAGUUUGAAGAUGGCUCACAGCUUGUGGUUAAGAGAGAUGAUGUGUACACGCUGGAGGAAGAGCUUCCCAAGAGAGUCAAGUCUAGACUGUCAGUAGCCUCAGACAUGCGCUUCAACGAGAUUUUCACAGAGAAAGAGGUUAAACAGGAAAAGAAACGACAACGAGUUAUCAACUCAAGAUACCGGGAAGAUUACAUCGAGCCUGCACUAUACCGGGCCAUCAUGGAGUAGGUGCUUCCAGGGGCCAAGAGGUUCCCAGCCAUCAAGGCAAGAGCACUCUGGGGGUUCCACAGCACAGCAGACACCUGGACCUCUGACGUCUCUAAAAUGAAGUUGUAAAAUGAAAAGGAAUGAAAUAACCAAUCCCAUCAUCUUCUCACUCCACCCUCAUCGCAUUCUGCUCUAGGGAAAGGACAAGCCGUUCUUGGACAUGUGACAGCAGCCGCUGAGCUCCCAGCUGAGGGGCUGGGCACUGGAAUGCUAUGGCUGCAUUGUCUCCAGUCUCUAAUAGGGUCGACUAUGCUGGCUGGGCUGGUUGCCCUGUUCCUGGCCUAGGACAUAGCUUCCUAAUGAUCACCUGCACCAACUAGGAAGAGGUGCUGGUGCUUGCCCCCUGUCCCCUCCCCCCUUUUGUAUUUAUGUGUGUGUGUGUGUGUGUGUGUGUGUGUGUGUGUGUGUGUGGUCUGGACCAGCUUCUGCCAACCCCUGG